ACGUUCAUGAACUCAGCUAUCCACAAAAAUUAGUUUCCUUUUUCCUCUUCCAAUUCCCCAUGGCGAGGAUCCUGAUUUCUUCCCCGUCUUUCUUCGGAACUCGGCUUCCCUCUAUUUCCCGCCAUGGAACCAGGCGCAUCAGCACCGGAGUGAACUUCAGCCUCCACCAGCUGCCGCCAAUCGACCACGCUGUUCACUUCGCUGCGAUUGUUCAGAGAGCUGAGAGCUUGCUCUACACAAUUGCUGAUGCUGCCGUUGCCCCGACGGACUCGGCUACUGCUGCCGUCCAGAAGAACGGAGGAUGGUUCGGAUUUAUCUCGGACGCCAUGGAAGUUGUGCUCAAGAUUCUGAAGGAUGGACUUACAACUGUUCAUGUGCCAUACGCAUAUGGAUUUGCCAUAAUAUUGCUCACCGUUUUUGUUAAAGUCGCCACACUCCCUUUGACCAAGCAACAGGUUGAGUCUACACUAGCAAUGCAGAAUCUUCAGCCAAAGAUCAAAUCAAUCCAACAAAGAUAUGGUGGAAAUCAGGAAAGAAUACAACUCGAAACUUCUCGUCUAUACAAACAGGCAGGGGUCAAUCCUCUAGCAGGAUGUUUCCCAACCUUGGCUACAAUACCAGUAUGGAUAGGUUUAUAUCAAGCUCUUUCAAAUGUGGCAAAUGAGGGAUUGCUGACUGAAGGGUUCUUUUGGAUUCCCUCUUUGGGAGGGCCCACAACAAUAGCUGCUCGACAAAGCGGAGCAGGAAUUUCCUGGCUGUUCCCAUUUGUGGAUGGACAUCCACCACUUGGUUGGCAUGACACUGCAGCUUACCUUGUUUUACCUGUUCUUCUUGUUGUAUCACAGUAUGUCUCGAUGGAAAUAAUGAAGCCUCCACAAACAGAUGAUCCAAGUCAAAAGAACACACUUCUUGUAUUAAAGUUUUUGCCCCUCAUGAUUGGCUACUUUUCAUUGUCAGUUCCAUCUGGAUUGUCAAUAUACUGGUUCACGAAUAAUGUGCUUAGCACAGCACAGCAAGUUUGGCUACGGAAAUUGGGAGGUGCAAAGCCUGUUGUUGCUGAAAAUGCCAGUGGGAUAAUUAGUGCAGGACGUGCAAAACGGUCAGGUUCUCAGCCAGAACGAACGGGCGAAAGAUUCAAGCAGCUUAAAGAGGAAGAGAAGAAACAAAAACUUAGUGCUCUGCCCGCAGAUGCUGUCCAGGUUUCGGACCCAGCUGAUCCUGAGUCUGAAGAUGACUCAAACAAUGAUACUGAACCAAAGGAUAAGGAAGUUCUUGAAGAGGCAUAUUCGUCUAGUAAUGCAAAAACAGUUCCUUCAGGGCCUAAGAGAAGUAAGCGAUCAAAACGGAAGCGUGCGGUAUGACUCCUAUGAAAUUUUGUAGUUACAAUGAACGUUGUAUAUUUGUUGAAAUAUCAAAUUAAUAUAUAGUGGCCAUUUUCUUUCCUGCAAA